AUGCGAGGCCUGCUGGGCAGCAGCUGGAGGAAGUUUGGCCAUGCUGGCAGGGGCACCUACGAGUGGCUGACGAGCGAACCAAGCCUACCUCUUCAGGAAACCCAGCUGCAGGGCACCCAGCAGGUCAGUUCCAGCAAAGACGACGUGGAGCCCUUCCUGUGCAUCCUGCUCCCGGCCACCAUCGUGCUGUUCCUGGCCUUCCUGCUGCUCUUCCUGUACCGCCUCUGCCGGGCGCCGCGGCCGCAGGGCCCGGUCUUCAGCAUCGACCUGGCCGAGCACCCGCCCGCGGGGGAGGACACGGACUUCCUGCCGGGCUUGCCCUGGAGCGGGGAGCAGGACUUCCCCUACUCGCCCCUGCCCAUGGAGGCGGCGCCCCUCUCCGCGGGGCUGCCCCCCUCCUACGAGGAGGCCACCAGGAACCCCCCCGGGGAAGAGGCCCCCGGGGCGGGCCUUCGGGAGGAAGAGGGGCCGCCUGGGCUGCGUGAGCCCGUAUAGACGGCUCUGGGGAACCAUGGAAAAAGCCCAGCUCC